AUGUUUCAUCGCGUCAACCAAGCCUUAAUUUAUAUGAGGUCUAACUACAACACUGUGUCGAAUAGCUCUGUUGAAAAUUUAGUUAGACAUGUACCUGUGCUCUGUGAGCAAGCGAUUAACUAUCUUAACCCUGGUCCUGGAAAAGUUUUCAUUGACAUGACUUUCGGUGCCGGAGGUCACACUAAACAACUUUUAGAAAAACAUAACGAUAUAAAAGUAUUCGCUCUUGAUCGGGAUCCGGUAGCUAAUGAACUCGCCAUUUCUUUAAGUGAAGAAUAUCCAAAUAGACUUAUACCACUAUUGGGAAAAUUCUCUGAUUUACCAAAACUUUUAAAAGAGCAUAAAAUAAAGAAACAUUCUAUUGAUGGAAUACUGUUCGAUUUCGGUUGCUCGUCGAUGCAAUUUGACGAAGCAGAGCGUGGGUUUUCUAUUUCUAAAAAUGGCCCUUUGGACAUGCGCAUGGAUCGAGGACGGAAUAGUGAACAAGUUACAGCCGCAGAUGUUCUUGCUCGUGCAGAGGAGGGUGACCUAGUGAAAAUAUUGCGAAUGUACGGUGAAGAAAAAGGUGCUAAAAAAAUAGCACGUGCGAUUAUAGAGGCUCGCUCUUUUUAUAAGAUUGAAACAACCAAACAGCUUUCUGAUUUGGUUGCCUCGUGUCUUCAAGAUACAUAUCGAUUGGACAAAAUUCAACGGCCCACCCACGUAGCCACAAAGACGUUCCAGGCAUUGCGUAUAUUUAUUAAUAAUGAAUUAAAUGAAAUCAAUUACGGAAUGAUUUUAGCUAACGAUUAUUUGAGACAAGAAGGCCGACUUGUUGCUAUAACGUUUCAUUCACUUGAGGACACAAUAGUAAAGCGUCAUAUAAAUGGGAAUGUUAUCGAGGGACUUGCAAAUCCGGUGCCUUUGAAAUAUUGUGGUCAUGAUAUAUCACACGAUAAGGAAUUAAUAGAAAUGUUUGUAAGAUCAAAUUGGAAACAGCUUCAUAAACAUGUAGUUCUUCCUAACGAAGAAGAAGUGACGAAAAACAGCCGAAGUAGAUCUGCCAAGCUGCGAGCCGCAAUUAAAGUAAAAUGACACGGUUGAAAUGAUCGUAAUAAUGUUUAAAAUAAAUAUACAAAUGUUUAUAUAAGUAAUUAGGUACAUUUUUAAGAAUGUCACUGAAAAUUAAUAUAAAUUACAACACAUUGUAGAAAGGAAGAAAAAAUAAAUACAUUUUUAAAACGAAUAA